AUGUGCGCCGCGGUGCCCGGCUACUCGCCCGGCUUCAAGAGGCCGCCGGAGACGCUGCGGCUGAAGCGGAAAAGGGCCCGGAGGAGUGAGGCCACCUCCCCGCCCUGCCCCCGGGCGGACCCGGCCUCCGCCCGGCGCCCUUUCCCCAGACCGGGGCGGCGCAAUCCCUUCUCCAGCCUGGACAACGCGCCGCGGCCCGGCACUGCCGGGCACCGCCCCCUGGGCACCCCCGAGCUGCAGGAGCAGCGGCCGCCGCCGGGAAGCCAGGCCGCCAGACACCCUCUCUGGCAGUUUUUAGAUACUCUUCAGGAAAAUAAAUCCACCUGGAAAGAAGAGUGUUCUGAAAGAGCAGAUUUUGCCACAUUAACCAAUGAUCUUCAUUUACCUGUUUCCAUACCUGAUGUUUCCUCCUCACCAAGCACAGAAUUUCCUGCAGACUGGAGUAUUAAAACUCGACUUCUAUUCAUGUCUUCCCAACCUUUUACUUGGGCAGAGCAUUUAAAGGCACAAGAAGAGGCUCAAGGAUUUGCCCAGCACUGUAGAGCAACAUCAGUCAAUUUCCCACAAAGCAUACAGGAACCAAAGCUGUCCACGGAACUCCGCUGUGCAUUCCAGCAAAGUCUUAUUUAUUGGCUUCACCCUUCACUGCCAUGGCUACAGCUAUUCCCUCGUAUUGGAGCAGAUAGGAAAAUAGCUGGAAAGACUAGUCUUUGGUCAUGUGAUGAAACACUGCAACAGGUUCUAAUGAGUGAGUGGUCUGUCAGUUUUACUUCCCUAUAUAAUCUUCUCAAAGCCAAGCUGUGUCCCUAUUUCUAUGUUUGUACCUACCAAUUUACUGUGCUGUUUCGCACAGCAGGCCUUGCAGGAAGUGAUGUUAUCACAGCUGUUGUUUCUCCCACAACCAGGGGUUUAAGGGAAGCCAUGAGAAAUGAAGGUAUAGAAUUUUCUUUACCUUUGGUAGAAGAAACUAGGAGCAAGACACAGAAAAACUCUGAAACAAACUUGGAUACAGAAGUUAACAGUCCUGAAACAGACAAAAACACUGAAGAUGGAGAGGAACAAGGAGUGAGUGACGAUGAAAGUUUCUCUUGGCUUGAGGAAAUGGGAGUCCAAGACAAGAUUAAAAAGCCAGACGCAAUUUCUGUCAAACUCUGUAAAGAGAAAAAUGAAGUGCAAGUGGAUCACAAGCCUGAAUCUGUUGCAUUAGUGAAAGGAACAAACACAUUCAUGUUGCUGAACUUCUUGAUAAACUGUAAGAGUUUAGUAGCUGCUGCAGGCCCUCAAGCAGGGCUCCCACCAACACUGCUGUCCCCAGUUGCUUUUCGAGGUGCAACAAUGCAAACGCUCAAGGCUCGAAGCAUCAAUGUGAAAACACCGGUUCACUCAUGCUAUAAUGAUAUAUUUAGCUUGGAGAUCACAGGUCCUGUCAUGCCCCAUUGUCUGCAUACUUUGACCAUGCUGCUCAAAUCUGCACAGAGAGGAGCUUUUUCUGCUGUAUUAUACACCCAUGAGCCAACAGCAGUGUUUAACACUAAGACAGAGAGAAUCUUAAAUAAGGAAACUAUGUGCAAGGACCUCACUAAGUGUGGAUUGCAUCUUAAAACGUUGGAUCAAUUGAUUCAACUUCCAACAUUAGGAAAGUCUUCUAUACGACUCCUAGAAAUGAGAGACUAUGCUUAUACCUGGAAAUCCUAAGUACGCUGUUUUAAUUCAUGAAAUGAGACUAGUAGUGUUUGGUCAACAUUAUACAGAUGCUAUCGUGUACCAGGAGGGGAGAACUGCCUACUUGCAAAAGCUUUUGGACAUAGCGGGUGAGAACUUCUGUUGCACACAUCCUCACUCAUAAGGCAAAUUCCAGUGGAAAAACAUAUUCUGAAUAGUCCAGCAAGAACACUGCCUCUCUCAACCUGCCACAGCUGCAUUUGUCUAAUGUUUUUAAAUAAAGUUUUUAUAAACAAGGUAAUCUUGUGUUUUCUUCUGUUUUAGAAUUAAGAGUGAGGGCCUCUUAAGGGUUAAUAUUUUCACUAAGGUAUGGAACUGUUAGAGGAACCACUUCUAGUUUCUACAGAAGAUGAAGUGGCUCCUAUGCUAUAGGACACUGGAGGUCAGUGAUUAUUACAUGUUUCACUAUAAAGACAAUGAUUGGAUUAAAUAGUGGUUGUCCUCUAGAUUAAACCAUGAUAGCUAAAUGAGUUGUAAUUGUAAACCUUCACCUUUCAUUAAAAUGAGAAAUUAAUCUAAGUGUAACAAGUUGUGACACUUAUCCAUCUACCAGUGAUAACUUAAAGAAAAAAAACAGAGUGGUAUCCUUCCCAAGUAGAGUUUAUUCUUAGCAGUAACUAAAUGUAACUGGAAGCACCUAAAGUUCAAAAGAAGCACAGCUGUCAUCUAAAAGGAAAGAUUUCAAUGCUAUUGGUAAGAUCAGUUGAAUACACUUAUGUUCAGUAACUCUGAAACUAGAUAGCUUUGUUCUGACAUGCUAUUUAUUACAAUACCUGCAACAGAAUCUAAAUAUCUAUCUGCUGUUUCAUUAUGUAGUGGUUCAGCUUUGGUAGACUACAGACUUACCUGUUCACUUGACAGGUAAUUUGUCACUUUUUAAGAGUACAUUUUGAAAGGAUUCAACAAUGAAAAGCACACUGUUAGUGAUAACUGAGGCUGACAAGCCACAAGUGACUUUUACUAUCACCUGCUGCAGGAGACAGGUUAAACACCGAUUUAAUUAUUAACCAAUCAGGAUGCUUUUACUAUAUUAACCAGUUAUAGUUGAUGAAAUACUUACUGUUUUCCUCACAGCAAAAUGUCAAGUAUCAGGGAGUAGCCAUGUUAAUCUGUACCCACAAAAACAACAAGGAGUCCUGUGGUACCUUGAAAGCUUAUGCCCAAAUAAAUCUGUUAGUCUUUAAGGUGCCACCAGACUCCUUGUUUUCCCAGCAAAAUGACUAUUUCCCCUCUCAUGCUGUUUAAACAUCAAUAUAUAGUACUAUAGUAAAUGGAACAAUGAAUUCACAUUAUUGACUCUUUUGAGUAAUGCUGAUUGCUAAUUUGGCUUCUAAACCAUCUAGAUCUGAGUAUCAGUGAUCUAGGUUUAUGUAGAUAGUGGCUAUUGACCUCCAAUAGACAAUCCAAAUGUCCCAACUUUAGCUGAAAGUAACUAAGAAACUGACACAGAUCCUUGGAGAGCUGUAGAAUGUUUUUUACUACUCAGUAUAGAUUGAGUUCUUAAUAUCAAUAUGUAGAACACUGAAGAGGCUGCCCCAUGGAAGUUGGAAAGUCAAUUAGAAGUUACUGUAGCUCUUGGAUUUUAGCUUUGUGUAACUGUUACCUCAACCCAUCAAGGCUGGUGUGGUCUACCACUCUACUCCCAUCACUGAUCUUUAAUUCUAAUAAAGUGUCCUCCUUUGCUUACUAUGCUACUUAGAUGAGCAAAUUUGAUGUUAAAAUAUGUUAAAUAGGAUGCACUUAAACAACUACAGUAGUUUAAUUUGUUGAAAGUUACUUUAAAAGAGGUGAUAAUGCUUUUUGGCAUUUCAUGCAUAAAUGCUUAAAAGGAUUGUUAAAACAAGCAGAGGUUUUAAACUUUAAAAUCAGCAAUGUGAAGUCUUCCCUAGGUGUAGAGGACUUGCUUCAUCUAUAUUGAUUUCUCUACCUUUAAGCAAGACUAAUCUUGCACAGGUUACCUUCAUUCUAGUAUCUACUUUUGCAGUGCUUUCUGCUGUAACUGUAUUCCUUUGUCUUUUGUAUGGAACUAUUUAACCUAAACCAGCUCUUGUGAAAAAGUUCACUUUCUGUGUUGGGCAAUAGGGAUAGAGUUGUGGCUUCUGAAUUUGAAUACUCUUAUAUUGGAGUGUUCCUUUGCACAUUACAGUAGAGUACAGGUUUUCAUUUAACCAUAUCUAGCCCUGCUUGGUGUGAAGAUCAUCUUGGAAUCAACUGAUGCUCAUCUUCUUGAACUAGGGCAUGAUUUUUCACAGGUAUUGUAUAUCCACAGCUCUAAUUGACUACAGCUGGAACAGAAGCUGAGCACUUCCGAAAACACUCCCUUUUGAGUAUCAAGUGGACAACUAGACAAACAUGAAUAUGCAUUUAGUGGCCACCUCCCACAAUCUUCCAGUCUACUUUCACUACAGACCUCCUAACUUCUGCAGCAAAUGAAGCAGGGGCCCAAUAAUCAACAGCUUCAUUCACUUAAUGAGGUCAGGGGCCUGGUGGGGAAGGAGAAAGCAUGAUUAGGUAAUUAAGUUUACUUGUGCAUCUUUAAUUCAAGAAUUUCCUAUUUAAGUGCCUCACUUUACAACAGCAAUGGUCUUAACACAGCUUUUUAAUUUUUCAACUAGAAUUUUUAAAAAGCAACAACCCUUUGUGCCACUAUUUUUAGAGGGCAGUAGAGUACUGGAUACAUGACUUCUGGGUUUGCAGUGUGAACUGAUUGAUAGAGCAGGGGACAGAGAGGACUCUUGCAUGCUACUUUAUUUUUAAACAGUGCUUUAUAGUAUUUGUCAAUGCCCUUUGUACAGACGGUUAUGGAGGAAUAGUCCCAAUUCACAAAUAGCCUAGCGAAGCACACAGAUUUUAUAUAUUUUGCUGACAGGCAAGCAUGGAUGGAACUCAUCUGCCCUAUUAGACAGCUAGGUUCUAUUCCCAGCUUUGACAAAAGUGACACUGAUAAGUUAUUCAAUAAAAAAGGGGGCAAAGAAUAAAGAAUUGACACAAAUUCUAGUCCUAUUUCUUCCACGGAUUAAUCUUCUGGCUCCUAGUGCAAAGCUCCUUCGCCUCAAGCCAAAGGACAGCUUGAUGCAUAAGAGGAGCUCCAUGAUGUCUCUGAAUUUGUGGACUUGUGUGCAGUUGACAGGAUACAAGCUUUGAGGGGGAAAUUUUUUUUUAAAGAAAUAACUAAGCACACAAACUACUAGGCAUGCAUAAGUGGCCAUUUUCUAAGAUUUAUAACUCAAAGUAUGACAUGAGAAUUAUUUUCCCCCACUGCAAGUUUGCAAACCCCCUACUAUCACCAAGUUAGAGGUAUUUUUAAAAAGAGAAAAACAGACUGCCUAUUUUCCCCACUUACUUUCAUUAUCAAAAACUGCCAAAACUUUGAAUCAAACUUAAAACAAAACCCUCAUUCUGUGAUGUGUACCAGCACAGAAAACAUGAGGCCAAAAAUUAGCUUGGUAACUUUAUAAACAACUGAAAACAUUUCACUAUUGCUGCCCCCCUGAUACAUACUUUCUAAAUUACUGCUUUGGCACAGAUCUUAAUUACUGUUCACUGACCAAUGAUUAAGAUUAUGAACUUGUGCGGCUUUAUUGACUGAGCUGGGUACAACAAUUGGAGCAUCGUUCUAGCCCCCAUCCAGUUGUAGAUUUGUUAUAGUUUAAAAUUCACAUUAACCACAAAUUCAUACAAUCAACAUCAGGCAGUGUGUUAAUUUGAGACUGGAAUAGACAAUUUCAUAUCUCCUUACCAGAACAUGCAGGGGAGAGAUGUUUUUACACAGCAGUUCUCAUCAAUUUCAUCGCUGGACUUUCUUCCCUCCCAUUUAAGUGAGGUCAUUUGCCUAUUUUUAGUUUUAAAAGAUAAGCAAUAUGGCCAGUUGCAGUACACCAUUGACUUAAA